AGGCGACCAAUACAAUUCUAUGUACAUUAAUUAGUUGUUUAGGUAUAGCAGCUUAGCUCCAAAGAUGGAAAAGCAAAAGGCUUCUUUCAUGGUAGCUCUUCUAGUCAUCCUACUUUGUUCAUCAUCUUCUUUAAUAUCAUGUUCAAACACUAAAGAAGCUGAAAGUGUGGUUGAGCUUGAGCUCGAGGGCACCACUAUUACCACUACCACCACUAUCUCAGACGAUGGACAGGUUGAUGCUUGCAGGACUAAGAAGUGCAACAUAGCAUGCAACACCAAUGCUCAAUGUCAAACCAAAAAUUGUCGGAGUAGUUGUCCCUCGUGUAACAAAGUUGGCUUCCCUAAUGAACAGAAAAGAUGUGGUGCUCCACCAGACGAUGUUUCACUCCUUGAAUUGCCUGUGACUCAUCCGGAGAAUACUUUGGUCAUAUAGGUUGUGCUGGCUAGAGAACUAAUAAGGUUACAUAUAAUGAAAAUCUUGACGAGUUCUUUGAUUGUUAGUUUGUGGUGUUGUUUUUAAGGUAUAGUAGUAAGUUACGUUGUAUUUGAUUUGAUUUGUGACGUUAAAUUAAAGAAGUGUCAAUUAAAUCUCUAGUAGCACGUUUGGUU